CCGGUCGAGUUUCUUAAACAUAGAAUUAAAAUCUACAUCUACGAAAUUAAAUGUCUUGAAGUAAUUAGCCCGAAGUGUUUGAUCCGGGUCCAAUUCAUCCGAUCUACCAUUUCCUCGUCUCUCAGCCAGACGGUCGCACGCUAGAUUGCUCUCUCCGCUUCCAUCUCCUCUUCUCCCCUUAGUCGGACACAGUCUACACCACGCCGUUCGUCUAAUGUGCUGAGUGUUGCCUUCGUACGGAGGAGAGCCAAAAUCUGCAGAUCAACUGCAAGCACGUGCUACAUCAUCCCGCGACGACUCCACGAUGAUGUCAUAUUGACGUCAUCAUUAUCAGGAGGUCCAGCUUUUUAUAUAUAUAGAGAGAAGAGAUUGUGGUUUUUCAGAAGUGGGUGUGUUUGAUGGAGUUGGUCUGGUAUCGCCACCAGCUCUUUGAGCCUCACAACAAGCCUCUGGUAUACAUCUGUUAAAUGUUCUUUCAUCCUUCUUGCUUGUAGCUUUGAUCUUGUGAAGGAAAGAUGGUGAAACUGACCAUGAUUGCCCGUGUGACCGAUGGCCUCCUUUUAGUCGAGGGAUUGGAUGAUGGGCGUGAUGUACCGGAAGUGGACAGGUACAAACAGCAGGUCAAAAGUUUGUUCAAGAACCUUUCACGCGGCAAUAAUGGUCCUUCUAGAAUGUCCAUUGAGACUGGCCCUUACAUAUUCCAUUAUAUAAUUGAAGGACGUGUUUGUUACUUAACAAUGUGCGAGCGUUCUUAUCCUAAGAAGCUUGCCUUUCAAUAUCUGGAAGACCUUAAGAAUGAAUUUGAGACGGUCAAUGGGAAUCAAAUUGAAACUGCUGCUAGACCUUACGCUUUUAUUAAAUUUGAUGCAUUUAUUCAAAAGACAAAGAAACUUUAUCAGGACACAAGAACACAGCGCAACAUCACAAAGUUGAAUGAUGAACUUUAUGAAGUUCAUCAAAUAAUGACUCGGAAUGUACAAGAGGUUCUUGGUGUUGGUGAAAAGUUGGACCAGGUUAGUGAAAUGUCCAGCCGCUUAACAUCAGAAUCUCGCAUUUAUGCCGAUAAAGCAAAAGAUUUGAAUCGUCAGGCUUUAAUUCGGAAAUGGGCCCCAGUAGCUGUUGUCCUUGGAGUUGUUUUCCUCCUACUCUGGGUGAGAAAGAAGCUCUGGUGAUUCGGAUGUGAACAUCUCUGUCUAACACACAAAUGACAUAAGAUAAUCAAGAAUCGGUUUUGGCUAUCAUCUGUCACUCUUGGAUCAGGUCUCCCAAUCAUCACAAUUUGCAAUUGGUUCCCUCAGAGAUAUAUGACGUUCGCUGAACAUUAUUUGUACGGCAUCUCAUUACAAGAGACUGAUUUUCUAAAUAUCAGAGAAUCUAGAGAUUAUGUUAUUCCUCCAUAUAUGAUGUAAAACAGAGUAACUACAAGAAUGAUGGCCAAUUUAGCCUAUCUAUGUUAUUUUUAAAGUACAUUUUGUAUUUUACUAGUUCUCUGUCCUUCCCAACUGCACUUUUAUUCUCUUGAUUCACCCCACUGAUAACAUAGUUAUGAAGCAUUUUCAAUAAUACGUUGGUGUAUGUAGUUGGGAGUGGUUGACUGGAUGUUCCUCACUGUAAUUUUGAAAAUUUGAUGCAAAUUGCCUGCUUUAUGCAACGUUUCG